AUGAACGCCGCUCACAGCCCAGCCUCGCCUUCGCCGCCGCCUCCUGAAGCCGAGGAUUGGACGGAGGGAGAAGUGCCGGGCUGCGAUUGGGCCCGGCGGACCUGUCUGUCUGGCUGCCCCGUUUCAGCCUCGGUUGCAUCACAGCGUGGGGAUGCUGCUCUCUUCGAGCCGAGCCAGAGCAGCGGCGGUGGCGAAGAGGCGAUGGUGGUGCCGCCAGAGCAUCGCUGCAAGCCGCGCGCGCAGGACGGGCGUAGUAAUAGCAGCAGCAGCAGCCGCUGCUUUGCAGCCGUGAGGAGGACAAUGUAA